UGAACAAACUGAAAGCGAAAGUGAAUGUGUAGGUCUACGCUCGUUUCAUGAUAGCCUAUGUCCAAAGACAUUUUGAUAUAUUGCUCUCUCUAGGUCGAUGUAUGUUCGGGAUGUGAUUUGCACAGAGCCGUGUCAAGAAGUCGUGUGUGUGUGCGUGUGUGUGUGCCCGUGCCGAAGAAUCAGGAAACGACCGUUUUCGACGAACGCGCCACGUGCGCAGGAGGACCAUGUUCAUCAGGAUGUUGAUGCGGUGUGAUUGUGCCAACGGAGUGUAAAACGCUGCUGAUCUAUUUCUCUACAUAGCCCAGGGCCAUCAUGGUCAGGAGACUGUUUCUCUGCUUUAUCCUUCUCGGUUUCUCAGUGUCAACAAACUCUGGCAACCAAAGAAAUGAGAAGGAGAUAAGGAAGAUAAACUCAAUCGAGGAACUAGCUGACAACAACAUUGACUUUGGUAAAAGAAUCCCCCGCCAUGGCUUACUACUCCUCUUCUGGCUGUCAAGACCUGCAAACAUAGAGAUCGAUCAGAAUGACGUCAUACAGCUCCUCAAUAUUGACCCAUCUCAGGGUGAUUAUGGCUUCCAUUACUAUGGCAACUAUGAAAAAACGCUACCAUCUGAUCGUAAGUACUCGUAUUACACAUUGGGCAACCUCAACUCUGAUAAGUUUCCAGGCAGUUUAGACUUGCCUUCCUACGUCACCCAGUACUACAGGUCCAAUUAUCCAUACAAUCUCAGAAAUAUGGACAGAGUUGUCGUGCAGUCUUACCAAAACACCCCUAGCCGAGUGAGAAGCGUCUUCAUCUCUGUCCACUAUGACAACUUCAUGGAGAUCACUCCUCAGCUGAUGAGACAGAUUCAAAGUAUAGCAACAUGGGAGGAGUUCCUUGAGCUGGCUGGCUUCGACUUCAACACAGGAGACGACCACCACCAAUGGCGGCGGCGGGACCAUGAUGACAGAGAUGGAGGGCCACCAGGAGGUGGCACCGUGGAACAAAAACGAUCGUCAAAAAAUGACAAAACACACACGGAAACCAAGCAAGAAACACACACGGAAACCAAGCAUGAAGGAAGUUCUGAUGCUCAGCCAAACACGAAUAAAAAUGGAGCUAAAAAAGGCCAUCAGCAUUACAAUGGCCCAUUUCAAUAUAUCAUCAUGGCCCCGUUGUCUUUGAUUUCCUCGACCAUAAAAUGUCUAGUUUUUGUGAUCAUUCAGUCUUUAUCUUUUGUAAGUACCACCAUACUCUCUGUUUUAACUUUUUUAAUUCAUGUGAUCGUACAUUCUUUGUCUUUGAUUUUCUCGAUCAUAAAAUGUCUAGAUUCUAUAUUCAUUCGUUUUUUAUGUCUUACUUGCACCACUAUAUGUGCUAUUGUUUAUCUGUUAGGCAUCGGCAUAGGCCUAUGUAUGGUAGGCCCUAUCCUCUUCCCCACGGUCUGUCGUUAACACGCCGGUUACAUCCUAUUGGUCCGACGGCCCAUUAGUCCGACCACACGAUAAAACUAUGGCCAAACCUAAACAAUUCCUAAUAGUAAAGACAUGUUUUUUGUCUGAAAAGAUGAUCUGUUAGGCCUAAGCAUACACUGCGGGCCUUGUCAACAUCUUCUUCGCAAUCCGUCGUGAACACGCUCCUCCACAACACGCUCCUCCGUGAUACGCUCCUCAUCCACACAUCUUAGUCUCCCACUGAGCCAAGUUCAUGUGUUUGGGUGGGUCAAUGAAUAGGCUACUCUCUCUCUCUCUCUCUCUCUCUCUCUCUCUCUCUCUCUCUCUCUCUCUCUCUCUCUCUCUCUCUCUCUCUCUCUCUCACACACACACACACACACACAUACCCACACGGGGUCCGGUCAUUUUUCCGACGCACCAUUGGUCCGAUGCGUCAAUGUUCCGACCAUUUCCUAUUGAUCCUACAGCACUUAGUCUCAGAUAACUUUUUACCAAUUAAAUGAAACCCUUUGUCCCGACAGUCCAAUGUUCCGACCAAAAGCUGCUUUAGAUCACCGUCAUCUCUGAAGCCUACACAGUGGUCAUGCUGCUGUCUGUGACAGGUUAGGUUUAGGGAAAGUUUUGGUCAAGGCACAAAUUUAAAACUCAAACAUUGCAAUAGCCUACUGACAGGUUAGGGUUAGGAAUGGUUUUGGGUAGGGCACAAUUGUAAAACUUGGCAACAUUGCAUUAAUGACAGGUUAUGUUUAGGGGUGGUUUUGGUAAGGGCACAGCAAGACCGACUCAGACAGCAUCUAUGUGCUCGUCGCAGCGCAUGCAGCUGAAGUCUAAUUGGCAGCACCGGGAAAAGCAGGACAUACGACCUAGGAUGAUGACCAACCCCAAACAGCCAUUGGUCGGAACAUUGAGCUGUCGGAGCAAAGGGUUUCAUUUCAUUAUUUCGAGUUAGUGGGCUGUAGGAUUAAUGGGAAAUUUUCGGAAUAUUGACGAAUCGGACCAAAGGGGUGUCGGAAAAAUGACAUGCUACCACACACACACACACACACACACACACACACACACACACACACACACACACACACAAAGGUGAAAAAGUGUGGGGUUUGAGUUUCAACCUUUUGUAAGCAUAAAGAAAAAUCAUUCACAUUCCUUACCUUAUGAAGCAUUUCUAACAUUUGUAGUUUAGAAUAAGUUAAUUAAUGGCUGUGCCUCUGUAUGGCAAUUGGACCUUUGUUAUGUGCUGUCUCUUGUCAGGUUAUGGUGAGAGUUUACAGUUACAGUUAAAGUUUAUUUUUUAACAAGCAAAGCAGUCAUCCCUUUCAAUUCUUAUUCAAUGGUUUUCCUGUUUGUAUGAAAGGCUUAAAAUUAAUGUAUUUUGUAUGUAUUGAAAUAUGUUGUGAACUUGUAAUAAAGCUUUCCAUGUGUUUUUUGUUUGUUUCGGGAUCGCUGUGGUACGUUAAUUGAAAGCCACACUAGGCCUACUACUCUACUCUAUAGUAAGUAGGUUUUUUCCAUCAUUCAAAUUGAAUUUCUAAUAUUGUUUCAUCAGGGGUGAGUGCAUUUCUGAAUUUCUGAGGAAGGGGACAACUGCCUAAUUUGGCUCUCGCCAGAUGACUGGGGUUUUGAAUGUACGUGAGGUUCUUGAAUGUAAAUGUUGUUUGCAAAGCUGAGCAUAUACAGGUCAGUGACGGUUCAGCCGCCGCGCAGGUCAGGGCGGCGCAAUGACAACCAGCGCCACUAAUGUGUGGAUUUUUUGUUUGUUUGUUUUUAGUGGACUGUCCCAAGAAGCAUAUUAAUUGUAGCAUAUCAACCACUGCUAAUUAAUUUAUGGGCAUUAGAUGCCGUUGUGCCACCUGACGUCUGAGCCAAAACAAAGAAAACAUCUUUGACCCCACACAGAUCUAGUGACAGCCAGGUUACCAACAGCCUGAAGUUCUCUCCAUACGCUUUAAGGCAAUCACUUCCAACCUCAAGAAACUUAUAGGGUACUUGGGGACUUUUUACUGUUGUCGUAUGGAUCUCAAUGCGUCCAAUAAAGAGCCGAAGUGGAGUGUGGAGGGAUAUGUGUAUACGGUAUUGUGGCAGUUGAAUCACUGACACUGGCAGGGCUUCUGCUAAGGUUUUGGAGGCCCAAAGCAUAACUGGUCAGGAGCCCCCCCCAUAAUUUGGCUAAAUAAUGAUAAUAAUAAUGACAAUAACAGUAAGCCUAAUAAUAGUUUUCCGGGGUUGAGUAAUGGAAUACACAUUUCUUUAAAGAAAAAUUAUAGGCCUUUUGAUAUCUAAAUAUGUUAUGUAAUGUAAUCAACGGGAUCAUAUAGGCUUAGCUAUACAUAAGGGUGGGUAUGGUGCAUGAAGGAUUUGUGUGGUUUCAGUGUAUGGUUUCGAAUAAAAUUAAAAU